AUGGAUGAUGUAUACAAAGCAGCGGUUGAGAACUUAACAGAAGAGCAGAAAAAUGAGUUUAAGGCAGCCUUUGACAUUGCAUGUCAGGGUGCAGAGGACGGCUGCAUCAGCACCAAGGAGUUGGGGAAAGUGAUGAGAAUGCUGGGGCAGAACCCCACCCCAGAGGAGCUGCAGGAGAUGAUAGAUGAGGUGGAUGAGGAUGGCAGCGGGACAGUAGACUUUGAUGAGUUCCUGGUGAUGAUGGUGCGCUGCAUGAAGGAGGAGAGCAAAGGAAAAUCAGAGGAAGAGUUGGCUGAACUUUUCCGCAUGUUCGACAAAAACGGAGAUGGCUACAUUGAUUUGGAGGAGCUGAAAACCAUGCUGGAGUCAACUGGAGAGGCCAUCACUGAGGAUGACAUCGAAGAGCUCAUGAAGGAUGGAGACAAAAAUAAUGACGGAAAAAUUGAUUAUGAUGAGUUCCUGGAAUUCAUGAAGGGGGUUGAGUAA